UAACAAAAGUUAACUGAAAGCCCUGAUGAUUGACAAGAGAAGGGGUGAUGUCCUCGUGAUCAUCCUUGUGUUAAAUUUAAAGGGGGCCAUUGUUCUAAAAUGUAAUGUAAAUAUCUGUACUGCCUGCCUGGUUUAUAGGAAAUGUAGCUGGUCAGGAAUUUGGUAGAAAGGAAAGUGAAAGCACGGCAGGUCGCUGCUGUAGCUGCCUGCCGGUGGUCUGCGAGCUCUCUGCCGCUCAUUAUCUUCACCAUGUUCAGAUCCGCGUUUGAUUCGGUUUUGACGGAUACCUCAGAUUCAGAUGAAGAUUACACAGUAGAGGAAUAUGACACAACAGAAGCAGCAGCAACAGCAAUGCCAAAUCUGAGGAGUGCCUCAGGAAACCACUAUGAGUGGCACUUAUUUGAUGGGCAGAAGUGGUCUCAGAUCUGUAAUGACCACAUAAUCGAGGCUAACUACUGCCAAGUUGGAGUGAGAGGGAUGACGAUACACACAGACUUAGGAUCUCUGUACAUAGACUUUGACGCUAUGACGUUGAGAGGGCCAUUCACUGGACUCAGGAUACGACGACAAACCUUCCUAUCACAAGGCCAGACACAGGAUAUAGCCUGGUACUAUAAAGACGAUACCUGCUGGUGUGAAUAUGGCUCUCAGGGAGCGAGUCACAGCACUUCUACAAUAAACAGCCAAGACCUGGAGAAGAGAUAUAACUCUAACCCCAGAAGCUCCUUCCAGUUUACAAUCGGAUCCAAUACCUACACACUGGACUUCACUGCCAUGACCCAAACCAACAUGUAUACUCAUAUGGUGAGGAAAGUGAGGAGGCGGCCGAAGUUUAACUCCAUCGUCUCUGUGAAUAACAGUUCCCAGAUGAAUUUUGCACAACUUUCAUUGUCCACACUGUCCAUGAGUCCACCCACUGGGGUCAUCUGGGAGUUUAUGGGUGAUGAAGGUGUCUGGACAGAAUAUCAGAAACCAGGUUGUUCUCUGAACAGUGCAGACAUAGAGAGACAGUAUCAGCUCAACCCACAGAGACAACUUAACUUUACAGUCGGCCGAUACAGUUACACGCUCAGCUUCAGUGAAAUGUAUCAGACCAAUGAUAGAUUUGGAACAAUGCGGCACAUUCGGAGGACUGUUGGUGGAAACCUGUGUAUUAGUAGUUCUCAGUCUCAAGCUCGCUGGCAAUUUAGAGACAUGGACGGCUCCUGGAAAGACUAUGUUAAAGGCAGUAGGCGGGGUAAUUGUACUGUUUCCAGUCAGGAAAUCGAAGCUCAGUACCAGCGGAAUAAAACGGGCAUCAUGAGCUUCAGCACAGGAAAAUUCAACUAUCAGCUCAACUUCACAGCCAUGACUCAGACUAACCUGUCCACUAACACGAGGAGGCCGGUCCGCCGACUGCAGCAAUAAGAGUUGGACUGCACGUCUGGAAGUUCUCAGGAACCAUGGAGUUUACAUGUCUUUAGUUUACCUGUAUCUACUAAACAACUGCUCUUUUACAAUGCCUCUGUUCUGUCACUGCCCUGUCACUUUUACUACCUCCUGCUAACCUGCACUGCCAGGAUAUUUAGUACUUAAUUGGCGGAUUGAUUCUGAACUUUUAUCGCUGUUUGUGUUUUGUGCAAUGGGAAGUUUGUCUCCCUUUUUUCUAAACCAUGACUCAGAAAACACAAUUUGAUCUGAAUUCUGAGUUUUGUGAUGUUACUCCACUAAUACUACCUAAGUAUAGGAGAUUAUUUGGACAGCAAUUUGUAAAAUAUACUGCUUAUGGUAAGUACGCAGUAAAUGCAGUAAAUGCAGUAAAUGUUGUGGAUAAUGAAGAUGUCUUUUAAAUAUCGGGAUAGAACUUUUUUUUUUUCAUACAAUAUAAACCAAAAUGUAUUAUUUUGCCCAAAAAGCAACAAAAAAAUGUAUAAUCAUUAUUUCAUAAGAGCAUUAGUCACAAGGUUUAUGAAAGUAAUAUCUGUCAAUCUACAAUAGGAGUCAGUUUUUCUGGUGUCUGAUGUUUUUUUUCUUUACUUUUCUUAUGUGAUAUUCCCUUAUUUGUAAUGUGAUGCACUUUGUAUAAGCCGUGUUCUUAACAUAAAAUCUAGAAAAAAAAUAAAUCUAUUUCUGUAAUCUGUAAAAUAUGCUGUGAAAAAAUGUGAACACCGCCAAUUCUCCCCAUAUUUCAAACCCUGCUUGUAGCAGUUUAAAAUGUUCUAAAAACAAUACUGCGCUUGUAUAUGAGCUCUACA